AUGCAAACCCCUUCAGAAAAUACCGACGUCAAGUUGGAUACUCUCGACGAACCCAGUGCACAUUUAAUCGAGGAAAAUGUGGCUCUUCCAGAGGAUACAUUCAAUUCGUACUGGAGUUAUAUACUUAAUGAAAUCGCUCGUUGUAAACCGCUAAUGAUUAUGUUCCUAAUACCUGUGUGUUUGGUUUUAUUGAUUACGUUUUUUCAUGAUAUCAAAGGUAUCCUUGUGUUUUUAGUGAUUUCUCUUAUCCUCUCUAUUAUCAUUUUAUUGAUCGGUAUAACUGCCUUCGUGUCUGAGACCUUGAAUAAGGGUUUCAUAAUUAAGCUUUUAGUAGAAGUCAUUACACGUAAACCAGCAGUAGGGGGGAAGGAAUGGAGAAUAAUCGCAUAUAAUAUGAACCAGUAUCUGUUUGACCAUGGGAUAUGGCAUACUCCGUAUUACUUUUUUUGUGAACAUAGGUGCCAUAAAUUUUUCAAAAGCCUUAUCAAACAGACAAGGUCGAAUGCACAUUUGAGUUCACCAACGAACGGUGCAGAGAAUACGCAGUCAAACACACCAGCAAAAGAGGUUUCAAAUGAGAUGGUAAAACCUUAUAUCUUUAGUUCUGAUCCAGUUUUAGAAGCUUACCUUAUUAAAGCUGCGGAAAUUCACAAAGAAGCUGAAUUUGAGUAUUGGAGAAAGCAAUACCCAGAGGUUGAUUUGCCUUAG